UACAUUUAUUGACGUUUUCCCCCAUAUCAACUUCUUUCAGAAUGAGGAAAUUGAAGCAAUGGCAGCUAUAUAUGGCGAGGAAUGGUGUGUCAUUGAUGACUGUGCCAAAAUAUUUUGUAUUAGAAUUAGCGACGAUAUAGAUGACCCUAAGUGGACACUUUGUUUGCAGGUGAUGCUACCGAAUGAAUAUCCAGGCACAGCUCCACCUGUUUAUCAACUGAAUGCUCCUUGGCUUAAAGGGCAAGAACGUGCGGAUUUAUCCAAUAGCCUUGAGGAAAUAUAUAUACAGAAUAUUGGUGAAAGUAUUCUUUACCUGUGGGUGGAGAAAAUAAGAGAUGUUCUAAUACAAAAAUCUCAGAUGACAGAACCAGACCCAGAGGUAAAGAAGGAAACUGAAGAAGAAGAUGUGGGAUGUGAAGAUGAUAUCCUUUUAGCAUGCCAACCAGAAAAUCCACUUAAAGCAUUGGAUUUUGAUGUCAGUGAAAAUCAAACAGCAGGUACAGCAGCCAGGAUGGUUGAAAUAGAAGAAUUACCUCCGAUUGAUCAUGGCAUUCCUAUUACAGACCGACGAAGUACUUUUCAGGCACAUUUGGCUCCAGUAGUUUGUCCCAAACAGGUGAAAAUGGUUCUUGCCAAAUUGUAUGAGAAUAAGAAAAUAGCUAGUGCCACCCACAACAUCUAUGCGUACCGAAUAUAUUGUGAGGAUAAACAGACCUUCUUACAGGACUGUGAAGAUGAUGGGGAAACAGCAGCUGGUGGACGUCUUCUCCAUCUCAUGGAGAUUUUGAAUGUGAGAAAUGUCCUGGUGGUAGUAUCACGCUGGUAUGGAGGGAUUCUGCUGGGACCUGAUCGCUUUAAACAUAUUAACAACUGUGCCAGAAACAUACUGGUGGAGAAGAGCUACACAAAUCCGCCAGAGGAAUCUUCUAAGGCUUUUGGAAAGAACAAAAAAGUAAGAAAGGACAAGAAGAGGAGUGAACAUUAAUACCUGAUACUAUUUGAAAGGUUAAUUUGCCUAUAAUUAUAUACAAAUUCCACACUCAUCAAAGAAUAUAUUGUGCAGAGAGGGGAUCCUGGACUGCUCAAGUCAGCCAAUACAUCAUGGACACCAACAUUAUCUUUUCUUCUUUGGUUAUAUCAUCUGCCAAAAAUAGAGAACUUGUGAUAUAUUCAUAUGUGUUUCAGGCUGAUUUGGAAGACUAAUUUGAACUUAAUCACCAUUUCACCUAAUUUUAGGGAGGUAACAGUUGCCCAGGGCAGUACCUGAAUUAACUGUCUAUUUCAGUACAUGUCAAGUGCCUUUGUUAGGUGGGGAAGAAAGGUCUCUGGAGGAAUAUGAAUACCUGAUUUCUUGUCAUCGGAAUUCUCAUUUUGUUAAAUGAAUAUUGCCUUUUACUGCUCUUUAUGGCUUAUUGGAAUAGGAGCUCACUGAAGAUUGAUUUUGGAGAGUUUCUUCUUGUGAUUUUAGUUCAUAAGUAUGUCACCUUCUGUUUUAUAGUGUUCAUCAUUGAGUAAUGGGUGAAGUGAAAGUUCAGGUGUAUCCAUCUGCAGCUAUGUGCUGAAGUAAUUCAUCUAACGUAUUUGUUAGCAUAAGUGUUAUACCUCAAUUUUGUUGCAGAUUGGUGAUUGUGAAAUUUCAAAAAGUGAUUUUCUAGCCUCUGCCUUUUUUGUUUAACUCUUGUAAUGUGAAGCAAUGGGUGUGGGAUGUCAGUAGUCUCCUCCCGCCCCUGAAGUGUGUUGGUGUCAUAUUCUGGUUUCUUUAACAACCUGGAAGUACCUUUCUUGUGAUCAUUGAGGAAUUAGAACUGUGCUAGAAGCUAAGCUGUGGUUACUGAGACAUAAAUGGGCUAGAGGUGGCAGAGUGACAGGGGUGGGGCAAGGGUAUGUUGUGUCAUUACAGAAGUGUGAUGCUCGUUUCCCACCUGCAUUCCAGCCAUUUCUCUCAAGUCCGUGACUGGAGAGAAGGAGCAAAACUUUUGACUGGGAAAGCAAAUCGUCCUGUUCAUCGGUGUUUGUCUCCCUUCUUUCCUCUGCAAGUUCUGUGAUUUAGCUCUAGGCAUCUAGACAAUAAAUUUACCUUCGAGAUACGACAAGUCAUUAACUGCUCCCUUUCAGAUAUGAUCACAAACAGUUAUUAAAAGUUAAUUGAUCACAGAUUUACCUGAGACUCCCUCCCACAGAGAGGGAGCAGAAAUAGGAGCACGGAAAGCAUCAAAGAGAAGUGGACACAGACAGGUGUGAUUUUUUUUUUUCUUCCUAUUCUGUGAUGUUUUACCUUUAAAAAAAGUUCAACAUCCUUAUUUGGUAUUUUUAAUAAGAAUCUGGUAAAGAGCUUUACACUACGGUUGGAUUCUGAGAAGUAAGAUCUAAAUUAUAUGUUUAAUGUUGCCAGUUACCAAGUGCCACCAGAGGAUGACAUAUGUAUUUAGGACACAUCAGAUUCCAUGAAAAAUUAAGUAUGUCCUAUAGUAAAUUAAAAAUAUUGAAAUUAAUAACUAUUAAUUAACAUUAAAAUAAUUGCACAGUUUUGGCAUAUCAAACCUGUGAUAGAAGAUAUAAGCAGUAAGAAUUUGGUGCUGCAGAAAAAUAAAUGAGUUCAUUUUUCUGUACCACCAAAUUUGAAUUUCUUGCUGAUUUAUCUAAUAUGUAUUUGGGCUUUUAUAGAAAACCUUUAUAUCUGGAAUCUCAUUUUUCUUUAUUUAAAACAAUCCUAUUUUUGCUUCUUUCUACAAAAUUAUCAACCACAUUUUCCUGACUAAAAAGCCUCAUCUCCUUUGCCUAAAGUUCAGUUAGUGAAUAAGGAGGGAUCUGAACACCUCUAAUUCUGGAGCCUGAGGUAUUUCACACUAAUUAUGUGGACCCCUAACUAAUAAUAGUAUUUGUUUUUCUCUAUUUAAAAAUGUAUCUCGAUCAGAGGAUUUUCAAAUCUCCAAAUAUUUUUCUAUAGCCAACUCUAUGUGGUGGCAUAUUUUAUAGUAUAUUGUAUCAAACAUAUUGCCCAUAUGCCAGAAUAUAAGAGCAGGUAGCAUCUACUUUUUAAGUGGGAAUAUCAGUAUGAUUUGAAGGAAUAUAACAUGGAAUAGAGCCUAUUUGAAGAGAACUGUAUUAAACUAAUCACAACUAAGAAAGAAUAGCAUGAAGCAGAUACUGUUUGUAGAGGUGAAAUUUAUUGGGAAAAUUGUAUAAUCGCCUCUAAUUCCACUAUCUAGAGAUAACCAUUAGUAACAUUUGGUAUGCACAUCCUUCUAUUUUUUUCCUAUGCAUGAUUUUGUACAUAUGCUAUUUUUCUUUCCAUAAAAAUGGUAUUACACUGUAUAUACUGUUUUGUAUCUUGAUAUUUCAUAUAGAAGUAUAUUGUUAACAUUUUCCCAUUUCAAUAAAUAUUAUUCUAUGGCUUAA